AUGGCUGAACAUACGGAAUACCUAGUUGAUCAUCCAGAAGUGAAACAACUGAUUACAGACUACAUUCAAACGCUACUAGUUGUUUUGCUGGUCUCCACAGUGAAACCUGAUAAUGUAAUUGACUUCACGAUACAACAUUUCAAAGCGUUUGCAAAAGAUCCGAUACCCUGGGAGACCAGUACAAGGGGUGAAAAUGAUGACGAUGUAAUAUCACAGCUAGCAGAGAAAACAUCGGAAGUCGUGUGCGGUAUUUGUGGAUUGACCAUAAAGUGUUCGAAGGAAAUCUCUUCAAGAUCUUCUUAUGAAGAAUGUCUAAACAUAUGUUCCUACGAUUCUAUGAAAUCUAUUAAAUCAUAUGAUACGUCCACCUCAACUUCAUGUAAAAUUAAAACAAGUUCAGAAGAGCAAUCUGUUGAUCCUCAAGAUGAUUCAAAUUUAGAAACUGCUUGCAGCAAGUGCCACACAAUCAUGAAAACUUGUGACAAAUAUCAACCUUUAUCAAAAUGUCCUGGAUGUUUUAAAAUAACCAAUACAUGUUCGAAAUGUUCUAUUAUCGAUCAAAUAAUACAUAUGUUAAAGGGAUAAUACAUUACCUAUAUCAUUUUCUGCUGGAAGACGUAUCUUUAUGUGAAUUGCAUAUGACACAAUUUUCCUAAAAUUAAAAAUUACACUAUGUGAGAACAUAUAGAACGUUUUACAUGUAUUCUAAAAAUUAAUAUACAUACCACUAGUUCAAAAUUUGGUAAACAAUGUUCAUGGAAUGAAUGCUUGCAAUAAAAUACAACUAAGUUUCUUGGUUCUGUAACAAAUAAUAAUUGUAAGAAUAUAAUGAAAAUAGAA